AUGUCACAUCAGGGGGUCUACGAGGACGACUUUGAGCUUGACGAAGACGAGAUCUCUACAGACCGCGAGCGAGGCCCACCGUUGACACCCAAAUCCGUGGAUGCAUCACCGGCUGCACGAGAAGUUACGCGUGGUAAGGAGACUUUGCUGCCAGAGCCUCAUUGCAUGAACGGCAAGAAAUCUAUCCCUAUCGUCAAGGCCUCCAGUGGUCGUCGCCCGCCGCAGUUGAUUCAUCCCCCCGCGUCGCGAAUUGCCAAAGUAAAACCCCCCGUGGUCACCGGGAAUCAACAGCUGCUGCACCUGUCGAAGCUGACCUCAGUGACGCAAAUGGAGCCUGAUAGUGAGAGAUUAAAACACAAUGUCAAUAGAAAUGAGGUGCCCGCUCGCACAUCGGAGCCGCGAACUGAUGUGUUGUCGUCAUCUUCAACACCAUUAUCAGGGAGAAAAUGUGCGUCAUCACCCGCUUUAGCUAUGGAAAAAGGUGCGAGGCAUUGCGCGACCGCGGUAGCACCGAGGGAGCAUUUAAGGACAUUGCCGCCGAUGGCGGGGAGACGCGCAAGUAGCAAUGAGGAAAAGCAUGUGAGACCUCCAUGGCAUCAGGAGUCGGAGUCUGUUCUCACCAACGAGGACAAAAAAAAUUAUGAGGAGGCUGAUGUCUGGAAAAGGAAAACAAAUGUUUCUCCGAUGAAAGCUUUUGCGGAGAGUCAAUUCAAAGUUUUUUCUGGAGCCGUAGGAUCCCCGCAAGCGCCCCCAACUGCUCAGUCCGCUCAACACGGUGGAGGGGAUGAAAAGUCAACGUUGAACACAAAGGAAGUGUUGUGGCAGCGUCCAAAACAAAUUUCUGGCAGUAGUUGCGGUCGUAUUUCAGGGAAAGACCACGAGUCAUCGUUUUGCGGGUCUUCUUCCGAUACAGAAAGUCUGCCCCGCGAUGCAUGCCGCAGGAAAAAGCGGAAAGCCGGUGUGAAAAACAAUGAGGAGCGUGCCAGUGUACAGGACAACCAGACAUAUUCUAGCGAUUUCUCUUCCGAUACAGAAAGCCCACCCCGCAAUGCAAGCCGUGAAGAACUGCAGAAGGCGAUUUUAAAGACCAGAUACGAAGUUGCCAAUGUACGUCGCGUUAGGCGGGCAUUAGAAAUUUCAUUGCAAACAACUACAAGGAGCAGCAUAAGAAGGGGAUACCGAAGGGCUCACAUGGAUGUGGAUAGGCUGGAUCGGGAAAACCAACAUCUUCAGCGUCUGUUAGGGCUUAGAGAGCAAUGGAUUGGAUUUCCUGAUUUGGCCCUGCGCAUUGCUGAAGAGGAGUUGAAGUAUUCACUUGAUGAGCUUCAGCGAGCAAAGCGACGCCAACGUGACCUUUGGACAGAAAACAGGCGACUGUCCAUUUUUCUUACGCAAGUUGUCAGGGAUCAUAAGCCGGUCGAGGAAAAGGUUGCUAGUCAGUAUCGGGAAGGCAUGUAUAACCGUCUUACAAUCCAAUCGAAGUUGGAUACUCUGCGGGAGAAGCUGGCAGCGACACGCGAAAGUUCUGCUCGUCUUUCCGAUCAAAUUCGUAAUUUGGAGGACCGUGUUCGAGCUGCGGGGUUAACAUGCAUGAAACCCGAAGAAUACACCGCAAUGCAAAGGGCUGUGAGAAGGAAUACAGAACAGAUUGAGAAGCUUAGCGCCAUCGUUACGGUGCCGUUGGGGACGAAGGAAGACGGCAGCCAUGGGGACAUGCGCUUAUCGUCUGGAAGCCUCUCCAGUGUGCAAUAUCCAGGGCGAAGUCAGAUGGAUGCGUUGGUUAUGAAACUUGUGAAGCAGGUGGAAAGGAAAGAAGCACUGAUCAAAUUGUUGCGUCAGCGUCUCGCUGAAACGGAACCUACCGUGUCCACGGGCAAGGAAGAAGUAUUGAAACUCUCGCCGCGGGAAUGUGCCCUGACAGGUGAAAAGAGAAAUUCCCUGGCGUCACAAUUGACUCCCAAUAUGCUUGUGCGCAACGCUGGUUCUCUUUCCCCACGCCAAAUGGAUAGUGAAGUUAUCGCCCGCAGUAUUUCUUUUUCAAAGAAGGAAGGUCCGCGCGAGCCACAACAUCAACAGUCAAAAAAGGGGGGUGACCGGGUGAAUGGAGCAAUAGAACCUCGAGACGCGGAAGGGGGACGUGUUACGGGAGCAGAACAACCCACAUCUGGUCUCGCGAAGCAGGAUAAAACACUUUUGGAGCACUCGGAAUGGCAUAAGAAUGGGUGCUCUUCUUCCCCUGGAGUUAUUUCCUCCUCCAACACUAAUCAACCUUCGAGAGCCGUUUACGAAGCGGUGGCCAAUGAUGCCAAGAAUCGCCUUGUCUUGAAUGAUGGGACGACGGUAAAGAUGAAUGGGUUAACACAAUAUAAUGGGUUAGACGAAUCGCAGAUUCCCAUCGAUGACUCUCAAUUACGUUUAUCCCCAACAACACUCACCAAACUGAGUUCCACCAAAACUGGAGAUAUUCCUUUCACUGAGAAAAGCAGUUCGGUGGAAAAGGAAGAGGCGGGUAACGCUGCUCAGGGGACAAGGGAAACUGGCAGAACAACCCCCCUCUGGUUAAGGGAAUAUUAA